AGGUCGUGCGCCCGCCGUACCCUUGCGGAGGGGCCGUAAAGCGCGGAAGGUCGCGGGCUCUGGGUUCCUGGGAACUUUGAGUUCCUCAACUUCGCCCCACCUCGCGGCCCCUGGUCCUCGGUUCCGGCCUGAGGCGACCCCCGGCCACCGUCGUGGUCGCCUGCUCGCCUCCGCCGAGCGGUGUCGGAGCGGGAGCCCGUGGGGCCCGUGAGUUUGGACUCCUGGAAUCUCAGCUACGUGAGAGCCCGGCUCCGCGCUCUUAGCCGACGGGAUGUUCUGCCGAUGGCUCUCGAUUAUCCGGAGGCGGAGAGCCAGCCCAGCACGGCGGAGGUGCUCCUCAGCGAGAGGCAGUACGUCAGCGGCCGAGGCACGUGCUGCCGCUCUGCCCGCGCAGGCCCAGGUGGUCAUCUGUGGGGGUGGCAUCAUGGGCACGUCUGUGGCCUAUCACCUCUCUAAGAUGGGGUGGAAGGACGUCGUCCUGUUGGAGCAGGGCAGACUGGCUGCUGGCUCCACGCGGUUCUGUGCUGGCAUCCUGAGUACCGCCAGGCACCUGACCAUUGAACAGAAGAUGGCAGACUACUCCAACAAACUCUACCAGCAGUUAGAACAGGAAACAGGGAUCCAGACAGGUUAUGUGAGGACAGGCUCAAUCUCUCUGGCCCAAACUCAGGACCGGCUGAUCUCCCUGAAGCGCAUCAAUUCAAGGCUGAAUGUUAUAGGCAUCCCUUCUGAGAUCAUCUCCCCUAAGAAAGUGGCUGAACUCCACCCCCUGCUCAAUGUGCACGAUCUGGUCGGGGCCCUGCAUGUCCCCGAGGACGCGGUGCUGUCCUCCGCUGACGUGGCUCUCGCCCUGGCCAGUGCUGCCUCUCAGAAUGGUGUUCAGAUUUAUGACCGCACUGCUGUUCUUCAUGUCAUGGUCAAUGACCGCACUGCUGUUCUUCAUGUCAUGGUCAAAAAAGGUCAAGUUACUGGUGUGGAAACAGAUAAAGGACAGAUUGAAUGCCAGUAUUUUGUCAACUGUGCUGGUCAGUGGGCAUACGAGCUGGGUCUGUCCAACGAGGAGCCGGUUAGUAUCCCGUUACAUGCCUGCGAACACUUCUACCUCCUGACUCGCCCUUGGGAGACCCCUCUGCAGAGCAGCACACCAACUGUCGUGGAUCCUGAUGGAAGAAUUUAUAUUCGGAACUGGCAGGGUGGCAUCCUGUCUGGAGGCUUUGAGAAGAACCCAAAACCAAUUUUCACUGAGGGCAAGAACCAGCUGGAGAUUCAGAAUCUACAGGAGGACUGGGAUCACUUUGAGCCGCUGCUGAGUUCCCUCCUCCGCAGGAUGCCAGAAUUGGAGACCCUGGAAAUCCUGAAGUUGGUGAACUGCCCCGAGACCUUUACACCAGACAUGAGGUGCAUCAUGGGCGAGUCUCCUGCGGUCCAGGGCUACUUUGUCCUGGCAGGAAUGAACUCUGCUGGCCUCUCGUUCGGUGGAGGAGCUGGAAGGUACCUUGCUGAGUGGAUGGUACAUGGCUAUCCCUCAGAAAAUGUCUGGGAACUGGACCUGAAACGUUUCGGAGCUCUCCAGAGCAGCCGCACCUUCCUGCGCCACCGGGUCAUGGAAGUCAUGCCUCUGAUGUAUGAUCUGAAGGUUCCCCGUUGGGAUUUCCAGACUGGCAGACAGUUACGGACAUCUCCUCUCUACGACCGGCUGGAUGCACAGGGAGCCAGAUGGAUGGAGAAACAUGGAUUUGAGAGGCCAAAGUACUUUGUUCCACCUGACAAGGACCUCCUUGCACUGGAGCAGAGCAAGACUUUUUAUAAGCCAGACUGGUUUGACAUUGUGGAGUCUGAAGUCAAGUGUUGUAAGGAAGCUGUGUGUGUCAUUGACAUGUCCUCUUUCACAAAGUUUGAGAUAACAUCUACUGGGGAUCAGGCACUGGAAAUCCUGCAGUACCUCUUCUCCAAUGACCUGGAUGUGCCCGUGGGCCACAUCGUGCAUACCGGCAUGCUCAACGAGGGCGGGGGCUACGAGAAUGACUGCAGCAUCGCACGCCUGAACAAGCGCAGUUUCUUCAUGAUCUCUCCAACUGACCAGCAGGUCCACUGUUGGGCCUGGCUGAAGAAACACAUGCCAAGUGACAGCAGCUUGCUUCUGGAAGAUGUCACCUGGAAAUAUACUGCCCUCAAUCUGAUUGGCCCUCGAGCUGUGGAUGUGCUGUCUGAGUUGUCCUAUGCUCCCAUGACUCCAGACCACUUCCCAAGUCUCUUUUGCAAGGAGAUGAGUGUGGGCUACGCAAAUGGGAUCCGGGUGAUGAGCAUGACGCACACAGGAGAGCCGGGCUUCAUGCUUUACAUUCCCAUAGAGUAUGCUCUGCACGUAUACAAUGAGGUGAUGAGUGUCGGGCAGAAAUAUGGAAUCCGGAAUGCUGGGUAUUACGCUCUUCGCAGUCUCCGAAUUGAGAAGUUUUUUGCCUUCUGGGGUCAGGAUUUAAAUACCCUCACCACGCCCCUGGAAUGUGGACGGGAGUCUCGGGUGAAACUGGAGAAGGGCAUGGAUUUCAUCGGCCGGCACGCUCUGCUGCAGCAGAAACAGAACGGGGUGUACAAGCGCUUCACCAUGUUCAUCUUGGAUGACCACGACACAGAUCUGGACCUCUGGCCUUGGUGGGGAGAGCCCAUUUAUCGGAAUGGGCAGUAUGUAGGCAAGACCACCAGCAGUGCCUACAGCUACACCCUGGAGCGCCACGUCUGCCUGGGCUUUGUGCAGAAUUUUUCUGACACUGGGGAAGAGCAGGUGGUGACAGCCGAUUUCAUCAACCGGGGAGAGUAUGAGAUUGACAUUGCGGGACACCGGUUCCAGGCCAAGGCCAAACUCUACCCUUUCACCUCCCUCUUCACGCACAAGCGGCGAAAGGAUGAUGUGGAGCUGAGUGACUUGCAUGGGAAGUGAAGCAAGGGCAGCCUCGCCGCCUCCUGUCAUCUCAUCCUGAGCAGCACUAGGGAGCGUCCCGUCCCGUCCCGCUGACCCCAUCCUUCCCGUCGUUCAUUCCCUCGGUAGAAUUUUCAGCCUGACCUCCUCCUGACCUUACUGCUUCGCCGCUUCUCUGGCCGUUCCACCUCCUCCUCCCCAUCACCUGAGGCUCUUCUCCCCUUCCAUGUGCGCACUCAGACUCCCAUGGUGGCUGGGGGUCUGACAGGACAGGGGCAGGCUCUGGUUGUGGAGGUGGGUUAGGGUGACAGUCUCAUCUGAAAUUGUCACAAAGCAAGCUGGAAUUGCACAGCUCUCAGGGUGAGAGUCUGUCUCCUUUGGGCUAACGCUAGCAGGGUUGCUGUGUGUGUGUGACAUAGCCCCAGGGAGUAGCUGUGCCUUUUAGCCAGGCAGACCGUCUCCUGUUCCAUCGUGCUGUGGCUGGCAUCCGAUACCUCGAGCAAGAGGACGGUCAUCUACCUCACUGACAAGAGGCAUCGCAGGGACGCUGUCUGGCCUGCAGCAGAAGCACGCAGCUAACCUGGCACCAUCCUCCUCCAUCCAGCACCAGUGAGUGGGGCCUUGGGCCUAGGCGGUCUGCCUGGAGUUUUCAUCCUUGUUAAUCUCUGUAUUAAAAACUUUUGUUUCUCAGUGACAAGCCACAGUGCUUGAAAGGGAAAAACCAUAUUGCCUUUCUGUUGCUCUUCUAGCUGAUGCCCAGCAAUGCCUGUGCUUUCCUUUCCACUAUUCACAGUUCCAGCGCCCCAGCCUGACUGUCCGCUCUUUCGAUCUGGGAAGAGGGUGAGGGCAGCUGUCUUCCUAGAUGGUUAGCCAAACUUCACUGCCUUGUGACUUCCAGAGAGCUGCUGGGACCUCAAGGUGUGCUCCGCCCAGCACAAACACAGCCACACAGACAUGAUGGCAUCGGUCCUCUGAGUUCUGAGUACAGAGUGUAAGUUACACAAGGCUAGAGGACGGCUUCCUGUCUUUUCCUUGAUCCAGCUAUCCUGGCAUAUCCUCUGAAUUAGAAAAUGAUGUGGGGUUCCCCAAAAGUGCCCUGCAUAUUUUUUAAGAUCAAACCUGGAUGUUAAGACAAUUUUCCCUGAUUUUUUGAAAGUACUAACUGGUAUUAAACUGUAGCCUUUGUUGUCCUGGUGAGUGAAGUGAGGUGGAAGCAUACAUGUGUAUUAAAGGAAGUCAUUUCACUUUAUUAGAGAAACUUAAAAUUCUUGAGUGUCAGCCUUUGGCACUUUUUGAUUAUUAUGUUAUCUACUGAGACUGCUUCCUUCCAGACGUUUCUUGCCAAUAUUCUUGUAGUCCACCUAUAUCUGAUAACUGACAUCAGUUGUGUACCUUUUAUUUUAUUUUGACAGGCAGAGUGGACAGUUAGACAGAAAGCUCUUCCUUUGCCGUUGGUUCACCACCCCACCCCCCCUGCGGCUGGCAUGCUGAUCCAUAGGCAGAAGCCAGGUGCUUCUCCUUGUCUCCCAUGCGGGCGCAGGGCCCAAGCACUUGGGCCAUCCUCCACUGCACUCCCGGGCCACAGCAGAGAGCUGGCCUGGAAGAGGGGCAAACGGGACUAGAACCCGGGGUGCCAUUGCCGCAGGCAGAGGAUUAGCCUACUGAGCCAUGGCACUGGCCCAUACCUUUUAUUUUGGAGGGAGGGUUGGUUUAUUAAAGCAGCAUAUGAUUAGAACUGUUUAAGGGGCAAGCCAAGUGUCUACCCAGCAGGGAGAUGCUGUUUCUAGGCAACCAGAGAGCCAAGCAGUGAAACAGCAGUUAUAUGCGAUGCUUCCAAGUCCUGGCUUCCUGUCCGCCCAUGUCUCAUUGGUCCUUCCUCUGGCUGAGAAGGGUGAGUGAGGCAAGGAGAGCACUUGACUGCUCUGAGACACCUUGUCUGUAAAGGGGCGUCAUGUGAUGUCCUGGAGCAUCAGUGAGUGCCCUGAAUUCAUCCGUGAAGUGACUCUUGAUUCAAACGUGGGCAGUGUAGAUCUGCUUGGUCCUGAUGUCAGCUCUCUGUGUGAUCCUUCCCUGUCUCUAGUGUAACUGCUUUGUCUAUGGUGUCAAACAGAUCCUAGAUGGUCAAGAGGAAAGGCAAGUGGCACCUUCCUACCCACGGAUGUCACGUGUUAGAACAUUCUGGGCUCUUGACUAGGUUGGGAGAACCAACCAAAACGCCCUCAUUUGGGUGUCAUUUCCAUUCUUGGGCAGUGAGGCCUCAUGGGUUUAUGUGACCACUCACCAUGGGGAGCCAGCGAGUCUCACACCCACAGAUCUCGCCUUUGUGAAUGGGUGGCUUCAGGUGACUGAUGCUUCUCUCUGGAAUGGGUCCAGCAUCCCAGCUUGGCUGUGGGGCAGUGCUCCUCAUUGUUUUACCUUGUCAGCAGAACCUGGAAACAGAAAAUGUAUUGGCCUCAAACAGAUGCAGACCCAGGGGUUUAAGUUUUCUCUGAGAUGUCUUUAAGUACUCAUUGCCGUAGGAAGAUCCUGUUUCGUGACAGCACCAAGGUCAUCGGACUUGAGCUUGCCUCAGAAAGAUGUCCCUUGUGUGCCACACUGCAGUCAGAACAGCUCUGCUUCAGGAAGUUGAAUUGGGAAGCACCUGGAGUGGCAGUCACAUGCCACCUCCCGGCAGGCAGGUUCAGCAGCAGUGCUCUGCCAGAGUGCCUGCACCUCAGAAUGUGAGCUAUCCCAGUGAGCCAGACACCCAGGUCACUCGGGCCAGAACCUACAGCCCAGCUUCCCAUUUCUUCAGCUUGGUUCUUACGGAAAAUUUACUUCAUUGUUUUCUUCCAAGACAGACAGACAGAAAGUAUUCUUCAGCCUGGGCAAUACACACUACCCUGCCCUUGCAUGCCCUUGCACGCUGGUCGUGGGUGGGGGUGCUGGUAUGAGUGGCUUCACUACAACCCAGAGCCAUGAUUUCUGGCUGUUAACCCUCUGCAUUUGCCCCAGUUCUCCCCAUCUUAAAGAACUAAGACAGAGGGAAUCCCCUCCGACCUGCAGCCUAGUUCUAGCCCAGCAGUGGCACUGGGUUUACUCCCAGGGGAGAGCUGCUUUCAGGCCAGUGUAGUCUGGAGUCCUCUGCAGUACUGAUGACACAGGUUUGGUCAGCACUGAAGAAUUUUCUUUGUACAUUCUGCUGCCCCCCCCCCCCCAACAUUGAUAUAAGCAAUAUUUUUUAUCAGUGUAACACAGACAUGUUGUUACGGGUAAAGAAUGUUGCACUCACACCCAUGCAGGCACACAGACUCAGGAGUGCUACAGUUGAGGGGCCUAUGGUAGAGGCUUAUUAGCCAAACCCUGGUCUGUGCAGUAAGUUCUGAGUGAGCUGGGGGCCUGUCACACCUCCCUCCUCACCACCACUUUGCUUCUGUGUUAAGGUGCUAAGCUGUCCAUCUCGUCCGUCAGCGUGGGCUUGCCUGGCAGCCCCUCAUCACUACCAGCACAUGGUUUCUCUAGCGGGCUGGGUGUUUCUGUACAUCCAUGCCUCCUCUUUGUCCAGUAAGUGUAAGUGAACUCCCUGCACAAGGCAUCUCGUGUUGAAUCAUGCAUUUCUACACAGGACAUUUUCCUCAUGAUGUUUCCAUGUACCUCUUUUUAAUCCUUUGCAGACAUCUCCCACUUUCUUGUUUCUGUCUAUCAAGGACAGAUACUGAAGGGGUAGGGACAGUGUUUUUAGCACCCUACGCCAUGAUUUCCUUUGCACACUGUGACCUGGGGCUUGAGCACCUCCCUUUGCUGAGCCAGGUUCUAGUGCCUUAACACUCCAGAAUGUCACGGGUGGGCAGACACAGGAACACUGAGAAAGUUCCUGUCCGGCUGGGUUCCUGUCUCCCCGCUCAGCCCUCAGCCCGUGGGGGAGGGGGAGGGGGACGUCCUAGCAGCACUCCCGGGGCAGCGCGGGGACCCGCAGAGACGCACUGUAGUGCGUGCGGGCGUGUGCAGCGCGCGGCCCUUCCAUGCCUGUGUGCACGGGGAACGGGGCCCUGAGACGUCAGAGGCAUUGAGUAACUGGGCCCUUCCCUCAAGGGCCUGGGUGACCCUGGCACACGGGUGACCGCCCUCUGCCCUCUGAACACACUAACUCUGAGCACCGUACUCCCAUCCAGCUGGGUUAGAUGAAGAUUUUCUGUACAUGUGUCACUGGGUUUGUAAGUGAAUAAAGACGCAUUUUAAUCACUCGCA